CAAAAAGACGCGGCCACAGAAAUAGAAACAGAUUCGGCAGAAGUACUGAAGAACGGGGAGGAGCUCCUGCUACCUGUCGACUCCGUGGUUCCGCACGAGGAAAAGAAUGCAAGGGAAGGAAGUUGUGCUGCCGGCACAGCAGGCCGUGGUCCGAACAAAGACAGCACGGAUGAAUGUGAC